AUGCCUCCAAGGCUUGGAGACACAGCUUUCUUGGAACAAUCCCGCAGGGUAGACCGAUCGGCUUUCCCAAAUGCUGAGCAGCUUUUCGUGGCGCUGGUGCUCGCGGGCUACUAUUUAAAGGCGUCCUUCUGGCCCUUUUUGCCCAUCACCACUAUGAAGCUUUCCACCGUUUUACUUGCUGCUGCUGCUGCGUCUGGCGUCAUGGCCGACGACACCUCGCUCACCAUCACCAUGACCUUCACCGACAACGACAGAACCUACACCAAGACCAGAACCGACUUGUACACUGGUCAGGAAACCACCUUGCCCACUGACGGAAUCCACACCACCACCUUCACCCUUACAGACGACGACUGGACUGCCACUGUGGAGCAGACCAACACCUACGGCAAGGACACCAUUGUCACCUCGCUGGACAUCAUCUACGGUCCCGAAGAAACCUACACUAGAGAGACCACCUUGCAAAUGCACGAGACCCAGGUCAGCUCCUACUUGAGCUGGUUGUCUGUGAAGAACGAGCUUGCCCAGUCUGCCAUUGACGGCGAGACCGACAGAUUGUACUUGCCUGAGGAGGUGGAGACCACCAGUACCACCACUUCUGCUGCUCAGACCACUUCUGCUGACACCACCUCUGCUACUGGCGGUGCAGUCAAGUACGGCGUGGGCGGUGCUGCUAUGGGUAUUGCUGCGGUCAUGCUCUUGUGA